AUCUCCGCGACUGAGUCAUUCAGAGGGAAGCGGCGGAAUUCCCCGAGAUUUCUUCCCUAACAGGCUCCGCCCGGGUAAUUGAUCAUUCCACACCCAGGGAAGUUCAAUUCAUAGUCGAGCGAGUGGUCAUGAAUAACCAAGAGGUGGUAGCACUCCUACAGGAGUGCAAGCGGACCCUAGAUGCACCCCCAUCAGAACCGUCAGAAGAGGACAAGACAGAGUAUCAGCAGUGCGAAGCUUCACUCUCUGCUGAUCUGAGGACCCUGCUGGAACAGGCAAAGGAAAUGAAGUGGCCCUUUGUGCCAGAGAGGUGGCAAUACAAACAAGAAGUAUGCCCAGAAGACAAAACAAACCUGAAAGAUAUCAUCAGCGAGAAGCUGCCAGAUUUGCUGGUCUUUCUGAAAGCCUCCGUCUCUGUUGGUGACUAUGCAUCUGCAGCUGCCACAGUCUUUUUGAUUGACAGGUUUCUGUACUGGGUCGAUGCAUCCAGCAAACUUCUGCAGGUUGCCAAGGGCCUGCACAAGCGUCGCCUCGAAAUACCAAUCGCGCCACAGGUGGUUGUUCGCCUGGCCCGAGUCUCUGUAAAUUCAGGCAAACUCCUGAAAGCUGAAUACAUCCUGAGCAGCCUCAUAAAUAACAGUGGGGCAACAGGUACUUGGGUCUAUGAGAAAAAGAGUGACCGAACUCUGGUACAGGCUGUCAGUGUUCAGAUAAGGGGACAGAUACUACAAAAGCUCGGACUGUGGUAUGAAGCUGCAGAGCUGAUCUGGGCUUCCAUUGUCGGGUUUUAUGAGCUCCCUCACCCAGAUAAAAAGGGCAUUUCCACUUCAAUGGGCAUUUUGGCUGAUGUGCUGGUUUCAAUGAGUGAUGACGAUUACAGCCGAUUUAAGGAUGACCCUCAGAUGGAUCUGAUUCUGAUUGAAGAAUACACUGACCGACUCUUGUCAGCUGCUGAAGCAGGCAAACUGGCUGCUGUACUCAGUCAGUACACUCCACUCUUUGUGCUGACAAAUUUGAACAUUUAUGGAACAUGUCUCCUUUCAUAUAGUUUUAAAAGGGAACGAACGGAGGAAGAAAGACAGUUCUACCUUUCACAGGCAAAGGAGGCCUUUGAAAUAGGUCUCCUUACCAAGAGAAGAGGUGAAUUGAUAACAAGUAAGCAAGAACUGCAUGGGUUUGUGAAAGCAGCUUUCUCUCUUACAACUGUGCACAACUGGCUCACAGAUAAGAGUGAAAAUCUUAAAGAGGCACGACAAUUAUGCAAAGAAGCGAUGAAAAAAUUGUAUCUGUACAGCACUCAAACCCUGGAAACUUUGGCACAGGAAAUCAUGGAACUGAUCAGCCAAGUCAAAGUUCAUCUGCAAAUAAAAGAUCUCUGCAACUCUGAUGUUAAGUCUUAUGUCCCUGAUCAUUACAAACAUUAUUGGGAUAAGCCAAUAGUAAAGGGAAGGAUGACCUUUGACAAAGUCCUUGAAAGACAUGCACAGUAUCACACAACAAUAUGCACAGUGUUUGAAAGAACUUGCAGAAGACAACUAAAUAGCAAAGAGAACUUAGCACAUAGCUGUAUAACUGCUUUCAAGACAGAAACAAAAGAAUUUGAUACUGCUGAUGCCAAAGUAAGCACAUUUCACCCUGGUGGCCAGGAUCUUCUUCAGCACCCUCUACCAAAAGAGUCAACAAUGAGGAAAAAUAAUGACGCAUCACAAAGCAGGAAUAAUGAAUUAUUAAGUUCAGGCAAACCUGAGAAAGAAAAUGCAGACCUUCCAAAAAAUAGUAGGGUUCCCCAUGACUGCUUAAAAAAUGACCCACCACAUGUCUCGAUAGAUGCUGAGACAGAAUUGGAUGAUGUAACUUCAGAGGGCAAGGGCAGCACAAAUAAAGGGUGCACAGGAUGUUUGAAUAACAGUCAUGGCUCCAGCUCCUCCUUGAAAUCCUGGUUCAAAGCAUCUGGAUCCGGAUCUUCUGGCAGCUGGGAGGAAGUGAUCAGCGACAAAGACCAUGGGCUACCCGGGGUUGCAAGGAAACCACAUCUGUUCACCGUGGACACAGAGUGCUCAACAAUCUUAACUGAUGAGGUCAGAGAGCAUCAACAGACUGAUCACAAUAUGGAUAGCAAAGAUGGUCAUUUAAGUAAUUCUGCUUUACAGUCCAUCAUUCCACCAGUGCCGCAGUUGUCUCUACAAUAUACACAAAUUCAAGAUUCUUCAACUGCUUCAAACACUAAUUGUACUCCAGACAGUAUGAGGAAGAAAAAUCCUCCAUCUUCAUCCUCAGGAGAACAUAGGUUAUGUGAAAUGGUUGACCCUGAUGAAGAAACUACUGAUGAAACUGAAGAGGAUAACAAGACAGGCAGUUACAUUAGGACCACUGGACAUGAUCAAAAUCCUUACUCUCCCUCAGAUCCAACUUAUAGGACCAGAUGUCAAACUUCAAGAACUUAUUCAGAUUCAGAAAACAUUAGGAAAAUUACCUCCUUACCUUCAGGAGAGAGUGGUUCAUUUGAGAUGGUUGACUCUGAUGCAGAGACUGCUGAUGAUAUUCAUGAUGAUAUGAACAAAAUGCUUCCAGCUACAAGUCAAUGUGGCUAUGUAAACUCCUCUUGUUUUCAGCCAGAUUCAAAUGCCAUGAAGCCAACCUCAAUUGGCAGUAAUAAUUCAGCGAGUUUUGUGAAGAAAAGAUUGUCUUUAUCUGAGGAAAAUGGGUCAUUUGAAAUGAUAGAAGUUGACCCAACAGCAGAGACUGUUGGUGAUACAGAAGACAGCAAUAACCUUCCAAUUACCGAAGGAAUCUCUGCGAUGGUGCACAAACAUCCAGAUGAAAGCAAGAAAAAAGAAGCACAUAAUCAUGAUACAACCCUAAGGAAGAACAGUUCUGCUCAAGGUUCACUAUCCAACAAGGAAUCUGACAAAGGAUGUGACAAAGUGUCACCAACAGAAGGUGAAAGUGAACAUGACAGACUGAGUAACCAGUUUCUGAACAGCAGUCUCAACUCCAGCACCUCUUUUAGAUCGUGGUACAAAUCACCUUUUUUUUCAAGCAAUUGCUCAGACCUCAACUAUGUGAGUCCAUCAGUGAGCUCAAGCAGCAGUUCCUUUGUGUUUCUUUCAAGAAAGAACCAGACAAUUGAGAGGCGUGAUAUAACUGAUGAAGAUUAUAAAAUGCUGUUUGCAGGUGUAAGCCAUGAGUGGCUUAUCGAGAGAAUUACGGGCACGGGAGUAUUUUACCCUCAGAAACUAAAAGACACCUGCAGUGCCCUGCUGUUUAAAUAUAGCAAGAAAACCAAUAUUUGGACAGCCCAAGAAACUCUAGUUUUUAUUGGGAAGCCUUUAGAUGUGGAUAAAAUAGGCGCCCAAAGGAUUGCUUUGGAGAUGCGUUUUCUACACCAAGAGGAAAUACUGGGCAGGUAUGUUGGAAAGCAAUACAAAAGAACAAAAGAGCUCGCUUACCACUUCAAUGAUGUUGAACGCCAGAUGACUGCACAAUACUAUGUCACAGAAUUCAACAAAAGGCUGUAUGAGCAGCAAGUUCCUACACAAAUAUAUUACAUCCCAGCCUCAGUUCUUCUUCUUUUAGAGGACAAGCAGAUUGUGGGCUGCGUAAGUGUGGAGCCAUACAUGCUUGGGGAGUUUAUAAAAUUAACAAACAACACAAAGACUGUUCGUAAAGAAUACGAAGCAACCAUGUAUGGACUUGCAUUUGGACAUUUUACCUAUGAGUUUUCUAACCAAGAAGAAAUAGUGGUUGAUUUACAAGGCUGGAUCACUGGAGAUGGAAAAGGUCUUAUUUAUCUAACUGACCCUCAGAUUCAUUCAUUGAAAAAGAAACGAGGGGGAUCAAACUUCGCAGAUAAAGGGAUCAGAUACUUCCUCAACUGCCAGCACAGGGAAUGCAAUGAGAUUUGCCACAUCCUUACUUUGAAAAUUCCUGUCAGGGAGCAGUUGGAGGAUGUACUUUAAGCAGAGCUUUUAAAAAAUUUGAGUUUGUAAAGUGUAUUGAACUGUGACAGGAUCUUUCUAUAUUCUUCCCAGUGCUGUAGAAGUGUUGGUCAUGAAAAUCCACGGGUCGUGAUCCCAGCAAUUAUAUUUUCAUUACACAAAUUGGUAACCUGCAGUGAUGACCACCAGAGUAUGCAGAGAUAUUGGGAGAUCAUCUAACUUGAGUGCCCAUAGAGAAUGCCGACAUGACAAAGAUCAUAUUACAUAGAAGUACAUAGAAUUUACAGUCCAACUGAGCUAUGCUGUUUUUUAAGCUCCACACUAGACUCCUCCCACCCUACUUUAUCCAACUCUAUCAGCAUAUCCUUCCAUUCCUUUCUUCCUCAUGUUUUUAUCAAGUUUCCCCUUAAAUGCAUCUAUGACUUUUCACCUCUAUGUGGAAGCAAAUUCCACGUUCUAUCCACUCUCUUGGUAAAGAAGUUUCUCCUGAAUCCCCAAUUGGAUUUAUUUGUGGCUAUGGCUCUAGUUUUGGAUUCCCCAGAGCAGAAACAUUUUCUCUUUGUCUACCCUAUUAAACCUCUUUCAUAAUUUUAAAGACCUCUAUUAGGUCACUGCUCAACCUCCUCUUUUCUAGAGCCUUAUCCUGUUCAGUUUUUCUUGAUAGUUAUAACCUCUCGGUUAUGACAUCUCCUUGUAAAUUUUUAUUGCACAUUCUCCAGUGCUUCUGUAUGCUUUCUGGGUGCCAAUCGGUGGCUGCCU